AUGAUUUUUACCGGACUUUUCCUCGGUGCCGCUCAUGCCCAAGAUACUCCCAAGGAGUCCUACCUUAACUGCGUCAAUCUGACUGGACUCAGUGGCGUCAUUUCUAACCCUAGAGAACCCUGCAGUCUUUCUCCAGACGGAUGCUACACUUCUGGCCAGGACUAUUGCUGGAGAGUUCAGUCUAGUUGCAAAACCAUCCGGGCCAAGUUCAACAAAUUUAUUGUGGAAGAAUACAUGUCUGGCAAGGACGACUGUCCAUACGACAAAGUCCUGCUUUCCUGGUCAGGAAAAUUUGUUGAGCUAUGCGAUCACUCAGCGGCUUCAAAAUCAGGGCAAGGUAAGAUCUUCAACCCUAACAAGGAUCCUGAAAACUUGGGUUGGCUUGAUUGGGUCUCUAUGGAUGCUGAUGAGUUUUUCAUCGAACUCAAAACUGAUGCUUCAAUCGACUUCUACGGCUUUGAUCUGGAAUGGGAGUGCGAAGAAUUUACCACAACAACUUCAACAACAACCACCACCACCACCACCACCACCACCACCACGACUUCAACAACGACUACAGAGGAGGUCUUGACUACAACUACGUCCGCAGCCAACGAGACAACUCUUAUGGAGCGGAAGAAGAAGCGUCCAAAUAGCGAGGAGUCGCGAGGAUUCAAUGGAUACUGGGAUGGAUAUCAUCUUUAUGACAUCGACGACUUCGCAAAGCUCUUCUUUGAGUGCACUCAGAAUGCUCUUGACGAGAUAGACCACUGCAUUGGUGACAGCAACCGUGGCAGAAAGGUUCGACAGAACUGGGAGUACCGAUUCAAGCACCUCAUCUUUUCUCUUGGACAACAGCUUCGAGAUGAGAAACGAAUGCGUAAAUGUCAAGGCUCAGGUGUAGAUGUAAGCAAUGAGGCCGCGCGAGCUCUUUCAAAGCUCAAGCACGACGAAUAUUACGGCUAUCACGGAAGUCACGGCCACGCUCAUGACAAUAACGAGUACCUCGAGCACUUCCAUAACUUAGAAAACGUCUAUGAACUCGCUUUGGAGAGUCAAUUCUUUGGUUGUACUGGUCGUGCUCAACUCGCCACCAAAAAACGAAAAGUGGCAAAAUUUCACUCACUUGUGGACCGUGUCAUGCGAGGGUUGAAAUACUGCGACCAUGACCACGACGAUCACGAUUACCACCAUGAUGACCACUUCUACUAUGACCACAAGAGUGUCUCUGUCGAGCAAGAUAAAAAGACCCCAUACUAA